GAGUUGCGACAUAGUUUGUGAGCUAACGAUGCUAUCCUCUGCCCAAACCCCUCGCCUCCUUCGUUCUCCUACCCUCAAAUGCUUCCAUUCUUCGCCGCUGCCCAGCACUGCCACUGCCACUGCCACUGCCACUCCGCAGCUGCCGUCUAUCCUAACCACACGAAAAUCCCUUCUCUCCCGUCAGACCUCCGCUUCGGACCUCGCAAAGUCCUUUCUCGAACGCCUUCGCCGCACCGAGCCCCUACUCAAUAGCUUCCUCUAUGUUUCGUCUGACGAGGACGUUUUGAAGCAGGCCGAGGAGUUGGAUUACAAGAUUAAGAACAAUGAGGAGGUUGGUCCUCUGGCUGGGGUUUUGGUCGGGGUUAAGGAUAAUAUUUGCACGCAUGAUAUGCCGUCCACUGCGGGGUCACGGCUCUUGGGGAAUUAUCGGCCGCCGUUUGAUGCCACGGCGGUGAGAAAGCUGAGGGAGAGUGGAGCUAUUAUUGUUGGGAAGACUAAUAUGGAUGAAUUUGGAAUGGGCAGCACAACUGAAGGCUCUGCUUAUCAAGUGACAGCUAAUCCUUGGGAUUUAUCACGGGUUCCGGGAGGGUCAUCGGGAGGCUCAGCAGCGGCUGUUUCUGCUAGACAAUGCAUGGUGGCCUUGGGAAGUGAUACAGGUGGAAGUGUCAGGCAACCGGCAUCAUUUUGUGGUGUUGUCGGUUUGAAGCCAACCUACGGUCAUGUCUCAAGAUAUGGGCUUGUGGCCUAUGCUUCCUCCUUGGAUGUAAUUGGAUGCUUUGGUUCUUCAGUGGCUGAUUCAGGAAUUCUUCUUCACGCCAUUUCGGGUCAUGAUGUCUUUGAUGCAACAAGUAGUAACAGAGAAGUCCCUGAUUAUGCAUCCCAGUUUGUUGCAGUAGAUUACUUGGAAUCUAAACCUUUGAAAGGACUGAGAAUUGGUGUUAUUCGUGAAACACUUGAAGAUGGAGUUGAUACUGAUGUAAUUUCUUCAGUCCAAGAUGCUGUUUCUCAUCUGGAAGAACUUGGAAGCACUGUGACUGAGGUUUCUAUGCCUUCAUUUUCCCUUGGAUUGCCAGCAUACUAUAUUCUUGCAGCUUCUGAAUCAUCAUCAAAUUUGUCUCGCUAUGAUGGUGUCAGAUAUGGAAACCAAGUUUUUGGAGAAGAGCUUGCUUCACUAUAUAGUGAUACUCGCGCCCAAGGGUUUGGUUCUGAGGUUAAAAUGAGAAUUCUAAUGGGCACAUAUGCUCUUUCUGCUGGUUAUUAUGAUGCAUAUUACAAGCGAGCUCAACAGGUUAGGACUAUAAUCAGAAAUAGUUUCAAGGAAGCUCUAGACAGAAAUGACAUCUUGAUAUCUCCUGCUGCUCCGUCUGUUGCUUAUAAGAUGGGUGAGAAGAAAAAUGAUCCGUUGGCUAUGUAUGCAGGAGAUAUAAUGACUGUGAAUGUGAAUUUGGCUGGUCUACCUGCUCUGGUUUUACCCUGUGGAUUUGCUAAAGGGGAUAAUACUGCUGGUCUACCAGUCGGAGUUCAAAUGAUUGGUGCCGCAUUCAACGAGGAAAAGUUGUUGAAAGUAGGCCACAUCUUUGAGCAAACACUCCAGGGUUGCUCAUUUGUUCCCCCAAUUAUUGUCGAUGAUUCCACUUAGCAGCAUUAGCUGAAAAGAGGGAGCUAGCUGUGUGUGUAGUUGGAUAAAGGGCCUGUGCUGUAGCCAACAAAAUUAUCAUCCAAACCGAUUUCUUGUCAAAUUCAUUGCCAAUUGUGGAAGAAUUCAUUACCAGAAAAGAAGGAAACUAUAUCGGAGGUAGGUAGGUAGGUAUUGGAUGUGUUUAUCCCAAGCUUCUCUACUUCUUGCAUCAUGUAAUUUUUGACUUGUGAGAUUUGUAUGAGGUUAACAGUAUUUAAGGCUUUGCUUUCGGAUUUAUAGAUGAAAAAAAGGGUUUAAUUUGUUCA